AGUCAGCACUGAGUCCUUGUUGACUGCUCACAUAUUCCAUCGUUGAGACCAGACCAACUAAAAAACUUCCAACAUGGCGGACGAUGAGAGAAAGAAACUGGAGGAGGAAAAGAAGAGAAAACAGGCCGAAAUUGAACGCAAAAGGGCCGAGGUCAGGGCUCGUAUGGAAGAGGCCUCAAAAGCCAAGAAGGCCAAGAAAGGUUUCAUGACCCCUGAGAGAAAGAAGAAACUUAGGUUACUGUUGAGAAAGAAAGCCGCUGAAGAAUUAAAGAAAGAACAAGAACGCAAAGCAGCUGAAAGGAGGCGUAUCAUUGAAGAAAGGUGCGGUAAACCCAAACUUGUCGAUGAUGCAAAUGAAGGGACACUUAAGAAGAUUUGCAAAGACUAUUAUGACCGCAUGUAUAUAUGUGAAGAACAGAAGUGGGAUUUGGAACGUGAAGUUAGAAAACGGGAUUGGGAGAUCUCCGAAUUGAACAGCCAAGUAAACGACCUUAGAGGCAAAUUCGUCAAACCAACCUUGAAGAAGGUAUCUAAAUACGAAAACAAAUUUGCCAAACUUCAAAAGAAGGCAGCUGAAUUUAACUUCCGUAACCAACUCAAAGUUGUCAAGAAGAAAGAAUUCACCUUAGAAGAAGAAGACAAAGAAAAGAAACCAGACUGGUCAAAGAAGGGAGAUGAAAAGAAGGAAGGUGAAGAAGAAGCACCAGCGGCAGCUCCUCCAGCAGAAGGCGAGGCUGCACCAGCACCUGCCGAAGGUGAAGCGCCGGCUGAAGGUGCCGCACCAGCACCUGCCGAAGGUCAGCCAACGGAGGGUCAACCUGCAGAAGGUGGUCAAACUACAGAAGGAGCUGCUCCAGAGGGACAACCUCCAGCAGAAGGAGCACCUGCCGAAGGUGAACCUCCAGCAGAACCAGAAAAAGAAAAAACUCCAGAACCACCACCAGAAACAGGAUUCGAAACAUUCAAAAAGUUAGUUCUUAAUGAAAACUACGACAUUAUAACAUUACCCGAAACAAUAUUAGCACCGACAGAAGACAAAGAAGCAGUAGCUAUACCAAAUUAUUCACUAGUUGAAAAUCGUAGGGGCAGUGGAGAUGGCGUCAUAAUGUACGUCAAAGACUCUCUUAAAUAUAAAGUUGUUGAUUUAACAGCUGCGGCUACCGAAACUGAGCACGCACAUCUAAGUUUUGAAGAUUUGUUAGAGAAAUUAAAGAAGAAUGGACAUGCUGCCGAAGCUGCAGCUCUGGAAGCUAAAGCGUCACCACCUCGAGAGGGAGCACCGCCAGCAGAGGGAGCUCCGGCAGAAGGUGCGCCCCCUGCCGAAGGUGCACCACCAGCAGAAGGAGCUCCUCCAGCAGAAGGAGCAGCACCAGCAGAGGAAGGGGCAACACCAGCAGCGGUAGCGGCACCAGCUGAGAGCGCACCAGCAGAAGGAGCCGCCCCUCCUGCAGAGGCCCCAGCCGCCGAAGCAGCCCCUGCGUCCGAAGCCGCACCAGCCGAAGCUGCUCCUGCUGAAACUCCUGCCGAGACUCCCGCUGAACCUGCCGUCGAGUCAGUACCAACGGAACCAGCGCCAGCUAUUUCCUCACCUCCCAUUAUAGAAGCUGCUGCUUAGAAUCUUAGAAUAAUGGAACAACAAUUUUUAAGGGCUAAUUAGGAGAAUAUUUGUAUGAGUCACUAUUUUGUUGAAUGGUAUUUAUACUAAUAAUGUUAUGUUUGUCUGUAACAAUAUAAAUUUAUUUUACUUAUUAAUAUAAUACAUAACUAACUAAAUUGAGUUAUUUAUAGUUAUUUUGUUAAUAUGUUAUUUUCAUCCAAUCUAAUUUAAAAAUAAAGUUAUU